AUGGCGGCGGCGGCGGGCGGCGGCAGUUGCCCUGGGCCUGGCUCCGCGCGGGGCCGCUUCCCGGGCCGGCCGCGGGGCUCUGGCGGGGGCGGGAGCCGCGGCGGACGGGGCAGUGGGGCCGAAAGAGUGCGGGUAGCUCUGCGGCGUGGUAGCGGCGCAGCGGGGCCAGGCGGAGGCGAGCCAGGGGAGGACACGGCCCUGCUCCGUUUGCUGGGGCUCCGCCGGGGCCUGCGCCGGCUCCGCCGUCUAUGGGCGGGCCCGCGCCUUCAUCGGGGCCGGGGCCGGGGCCGGGGCCGGGGUCGCGGCUGGGGCCCGAGCCCGAGCCGAGGCUACGUGCCAGAGGAGGAGAGCAGUGACGGGGAAUCCGACGAUGAGGAGUUUCAGGGUUUUCAUUCAGAUGAAGAUGUGGCCCCCACUUCCCUGCGCUCUGCGCUCCGAUCCCAGCGAGGUCGAGCCCCCCGAGGUCGGGGCCGCAAGCAUAAGACGACCCCCCUUCCUCCUCCUCCUCGCCUAGCAGAUGUGGCUCCUGCCCCCCCCAAGACCCCUGCUCGAAAACGGGGUGAGGAGGGCACAGAACGGAUGGUGCAGGCACUGACUGAACUUCUCCGGCGGGCCCAGGCACCCCCAGGCCCCCGGAGCCGGGCAUGUGAGCCUUCCACCCCCCGUCGGUCUCGGGGACGGCCCCCAGGACGACCAGCAGGCCCCAGCCGGAAGAAGCAGCAAGCAGUAGUGGUAGCAGAAGCAGCUGUGACAAUCCCUAAACCUGAGCCCCCACCUCCUGUGGUUCCAGUAAAACACCGAACUGGCAGCUGGAAGUGCAAGGAGGGGCCUGGCCCAGGACCUGGGACCCUCAAACGUGGAGGACAGUCUGGGAGAGGAGGCCGAGGAGGCAGGGGCAGAGGCCAAGGCGGGCUCCCCCUCAUGAUCAAGUUUGUUUCCAAGGCCAAAAGAGUGAAGAUGGAACAGUUGUCCUUGGGACUUGAAUCAGGUCAGGGUCAAGGUCGACAUGGGGAAAGCUGCCAGGAUGACCCCCAAAGACAAGUUGGAUCUGAACAGGGAGAGGGUCCUUAUUGGAAAAAGCAGGAGCAGAAGGUGGAGGAGGAGGGAGAGGAGAAAAAAGAAGAAAACAAAGAGGAAGGAGAAAAGGAAGAAAGAACUGUGGUUGAGGAGGAGGUGAUACUAGCCAAGGAAAAGGAAGAGGCAAAGCCACCAUCACCACCCCCAACUCCUCCAGCCCCUGCGCCUCCUUCUCCUCUUCCAUCCCCUUCAGCAUCUCCUCCACCUCCACCUUGCCCUCCACCCCCUCCAGUGUCCCCCCCUCCUGUACCAUCCCCUCCACCACCUCCAGCCCCAGAAGAGCAAGAAGAGUCCCCUCCUCCAGCUGUCCCUGUUACAUGCUCCAGGAAGAGGGGCCGGCCUCCCCUGACCCCUAGCCAGCGGGCAGAGCGGGAAGCUGCUCGGGCAGGGCCAGAGGGCACCUCUCCUCCCACUCCAAAUCCCAGUGCAACCACAGGAGCCCCUUUGGAAGACAGUCCCACUGUGGCCCCCAAAAGUACCACCUUCCUGAAGAAUAUCCGGCAGUUUAUUAUGCCUGUAGUGAGUGCCCGCUCCUCACGUGUCAUCAAGACACCCCGGCGAUUUAUGGAUGAAGACCCUCCCAAGCCUCUAAAAGUGGAGGUCUCACCUAUUCUGCGACCUCCCAUCGCCAUCUCCCCACUUGCUCCCCAGGAACCAGCACCAGCUCCUUCUCCACCACGUGCCCCAACUCCCCCAUCUGCCCCAGUCCCACUCCCUGAGAAGAGACGGUCCAUCCUAAGGGAACCCACAUUUCGCUGGACCUCACUAACCCGGGAGCUACCCCCUCCUCCUCCAGCCCCUCCCCCAGCCCCAUCCCCACCAGCUGCCCCUGCCACCCCCUCAAGGAGGCCCCUGCUCCUUCGGGCUGCUCAGUUUACCCCAAGUGAAGCCCACCUGAAGAUCUAUGAAUCGGUGCUUACUACUCCUCUUGGGGCUCCUGAAGCCCCUGAACCAGAGCCUCUUCCUGCUGAUGACUCUCCAGCUGAGCCUGAGCCACGGGCAGUGGGCCGCACCAACCACCUCAGCCUGCCUCGAUUUGCCCCUGUGGUCACCACACCUGUUAAGGUUGAGGUACCCCCCCAUGGGGCUCCAGCUCUGAGCAAUGGGCAGCAGCCUCAGGCUCAGCUACAGCAACCCCUGCAGACCUUGCAGACCCAACUCCUCCCCCAGGCAUUGCCGCCACAGCAGCCACAAGUGCAGCCACAGUUACAGCUGCAACAGCAACAAGCACCACAGCAUAUAUUGCCACUGGAAAAGGCACGGAUUGCAGGCCUGGGUUCCUUGCCGCUGUCUGGAGUGGAGGAGAAAAUGUUCAGCCUCCUUAAGAGAGCCAAGGUGCAGCUGUUCAAGAUUGACCAGCAGCAGCAACAGAAGGUGGCAGCGUCAGCGUCAAUGCCGCCAAGCCCUGGAGGGCAGAUGGAGGAGGCCGUGGGGACUGUCAAGCAGACCCUAGACAGAGGCUGUGUCAGGUCUGAAGAUGAGUCUGUGGAAGCUAAGAGAGAGCGAGCCUCGGGCCCUGAGUCCCCUGUGCAAGGCCCCCGCAUCAAACACGUCUGCCGUCAUGCUGCUGUGGCCCUAGGUCAGGCCCGGGCCAUGGUACCUGAAGAUGUCCCCCGCCUCAGUGCCCUCCCUCUCCGGGAUCGGCAGGACCUCACCACAGAGGAUACGUCCUCUGCAUCUGAGACUGAAAGUGUCCCAUCCCGGUCCCAGAGGGGAAAGGAGUCAGCAGGUCCUGGAGGAGACUUGGAGCCUGCAGGGUCUGGUGGGGUUCUGGCCCAUACACCCCGGCGCUCACUGCCCUCCCACCAUGGCAAGAAGAUGCGUAUGGCUCGGUGUGGACACUGUCGGGGCUGCCUCCGUGUACAGGACUGUGGGUCUUGUGUCAACUGCCUGGACAAGCCCAAGUUUGGAGGUCCCAACACCAAGAAACAGUGCUGUGUAUACCGGAAGUGUGACAAGAUAGAGGCUCGGAAGAUGGAAAGGCUGGCAAAAAAAGGCCGGACGAUAGUGAAGACGCUGUUGCCCUGGGAUUCCGAUGAAUCUCCUGAGGCCUCCCCUGGUCCUCCAGGCCCACGCCGGGGGGCGGGAGCUGGGGGGCCCCGGGAGGAGGUGGUGGCCCCCCCAGGGCCCGAGGAGCAGGACUCCCUCCUGCAGCGCAAGUCAGCCCGGCGCUGCGUCAAACAGCGACCCUCCUAUGAUAUCUUCGAGGAUUCAGAUGACUCAGACCCUGGGGGUCCUCCUGCUCCUCGUCGUCGGACUCCCAGAGAAAAUGAGCUGCCAGUGCCAGAACCAGAGGAGCAGAGCCGACCCCGCAAACCCACCCUACAGCCUGUAUUGCAGCUCAAGGCCCGAAAGCGCCUGGACAAGGAUGCUUUGGGCUCUGGCUCCUUUGCCUCUUUUCCCAAUGGCUGGACUGGAAAACAGAAGUCCCCAGAUGGUGUGCACCGGGUCCGUGUGGAUUUCAAGGAGGAUUGUGACCUAGAGAACGUGUGGCUGAUGGGUGGCCUGAGUGUGCUCACUUCUGUGCCAGGGGGGCCACCAAUGGUGUGCUUGCUGUGUGCCAGCAAAGGCCUACAUGAGCUGGUGUUCUGCCAAGUGUGCUGUGAUCCUUUCCACCCAUUCUGCCUGGAGGAGGCUGAACGGCCCCUGCCCCAGCAUCGUGACACUUGGUGUUGCCGCCGCUGCAAAUUCUGCCAUGUCUGUGGACGUAAAGGCCGAGCAUCCAAGCACCUACUGGAAUGUGAGCGCUGCUGCCAUGCUUACCACCCAGCCUGCCUGGGCCCCAGCUACCCAACCCGGGCCACACGCAAACGACGCCACUGGAUCUGUUCAGCCUGUGUCCGCUGUAAGAGCUGUGGGGCAACUCCAGGCAAGAACUGGGACGUCGAGUGGUCUGGAGAUUACAGCCUCUGCCCCAGGUGCACCCAGCUCUAUGAGAAAGGAAACUACUGUCCAAUCUGCACACGCUGCUAUGAAGACAAUGACUACGAGAGCAAGAUGAUGCAGUGUGCACAGUGUGAUCACUGGGUACAUGCCAAGUGUGAGGGGCUCUCAGAUGAAGAUUACGAGAUCCUUUCAGGGCUACCAGACUCGGUGCUGUACACAUGUGGACCAUGUGCUGGGGCCACACAGCCUCGCUGGCGAGAGGCCCUGAGUGGGGCCCUGCAAGGGGGCCUACGUCAGGUGCUCCAGGGCCUGCUGAGCUCGAAGGUGGUGGGCCCACUGCUGCUGUGUACCCAGUGUGGACAGGAUGAGAAGCAGUUGCACCCAGGACCCUGUGAUCUGCAAACUGUGGGUCAGCGCUUUGAGGAAGGCCACUACACAUCUGUGCACAGCUUUAUGGAGGACAUGGUGAGCAUCUUGAUGAGGCACUCAGAAGGAGAAACCUCAGAGCGCCGGGCUGGAAGCCAGAUGAAGGGGCUCCUACUAAAGCUGCUAGAAUCUGCGUUCGGCUGGUUCGACGCCCACGACCCCAAGUACUGGCGACGGAGUACCCGGCUGCCAAACGGAGUGCUGCCUAAUGCGGUGUUGCCCCCAUCCCUGGACCAUGUCUAUGCUCAGUGGAGACAGCAGGAAUCAGAGACCCCAGAAUCAGGGCAGCCUCCAGGCGAUCCCUCAGCAGCUUUCCAAGGCAAGGAUCCAGCUGCUUUCUCACACAUGGAAGACCCUCGUCAGUGUGCGCUCUGCCUCAAAUAUGGAGAUGCAGACUCCAAGGAGGCAGGGAGGCUCCUGUACAUCGGACAGAAUGAGUGGACCCAUGUCAAUUGUGCCAUUUGGUCAGCUGAAGUGUUUGAGGAGAAUGAUGGCUCCCUCAAGAAUGUGCACGCUGCUGUGGCUCGUGGGAGGCAGAUGCGCUGCGAACUCUGUCUGAAGCCUGGAGCCACAGUAGGCUGCUGCCUGUCCUCCUGCCUCAGCAACUUUCACUUCAUGUGUGCCCGGGCCAGCUACUGCAUCUUCCAGGAUGAUAAAAAAGUUUUCUGCCAGAAACACACAGACCUCCUGGAUGGCAAGGAGAUCGUGACCCCUGAUGGUUUUGAUGUUCUCCGCCGAGUCUAUGUGGACUUUGAAGGCAUCAACUUCAAGCGAAAGUUCUUGACAGGGCUUGAGCCCGAUGCCAUCAAUGUGCUCAUUGGCUCCAUCCGAAUUGACUCCCUGGGUAUUCUCUCUGAUCUCUCGGACUUCGAGGGACGGCUCUUCCCCAUUGGCUACCAGUGCUCCCGUCUGUAUUGGAGCACAGUGGAUGCUCGGAGGCGCUGCUGGUAUCGGUGCCGAAUUCUGGAGUAUCGGCCAUGGGGCCCAAGGGAAGAGCCUGUUCACCUGGAGACAGCAGAGGAAAACCAGACCAUUGUGCACAGCCCUGCCCCUUCCUUAGAGACCCCAAAUCAUGAGGACCCCAUUCCAGAUACAGAUGCCCUAAUCCUUGGAGCUCCUGAGCACCACUCACCUGUUCAGAACCUGGACCCCCCACUUCGGCCAGAUUCAGGCAGUGCUCCUCCUCCUCCUCCUCCUGCUCCUGCUCCUGCUCCUGCUCCUGCUCCUGCUCCUGCUCCUGCUCCUGCUCCUGCUCCUGGCCCUCGCUCCUUCUCAGGGGCUCGAAUCAAAGUGCCCAACUACUCGCCAUCACGGAGGCCUUUGGGGGGUGUCUCCUUUGGCCCCCUGCCCUCCCCUGGAAGUCCAUCUUCUCUGACCCACCACAUCCCUACAGUGGGAGACCCGGACUUCCCAGCUCCACCGAGACGCUCCCGUCGACCUAGCCCCCUAGCCCCCAGGCCACCACCAUCACGGCGGACUUCCCCUCCUCUCAGAACCUCCCCUCAGCUCAGGGCGCCCCCUCCUACCUCAGUUGUUACAGUCCUCACACCUACCUCAGGGGAGCUGGCUCCCCCUGGCCUGGCCCCAUCUCCUCCACCACCCCAUGAAGACCUGGGCCCAGACUUUGAGGACAUGGAGGUGGUGUCAGGACUGAGUGCUGCUGACCUGGACUUUGCAGCCAGCUUGCUAGGGACUGAGCCCUUUCAGGAAGAGAUUGUAGCCGCAGGGGCAGGGGGGAGCAGCCAUGGGGGCCCAGGGGAUAGCUCAGAGGAGGAAGCCAGCCCCACUACCCACUAUGUCCACUUCCCUGUGACUGUAGUGUCUGGCCCUGCCCUGGGCCCUGGCCCCCUCCCUGGAGCCCCCCGAAUUGAGCAACUGGACGGAGUGGAUGAUGGCACAGACAGUGAGGCUGAGGCAGUACAGCAGCCCCGGGGCCAAGGGACUCCUCCUUCAGGGCCUGUAGUGGGCCGAGCUGGGGUCCUCGGGGCUGCAGGGGAUAGGGCCCGACCUCCUGAGGACCUGCCAUCAGAAAUUGUGGAUUUUGUUUUAAAGAACCUAGGGGGUCCUGGGGAGGGGGCUGCUGGUCCCAGAGAGGAGUCACUUCCCCCAGCACCUCCCCUGGCCAAUGGCAGCCAGGCCCCUCAAGGUCUGCCCCCUAGCCCAGCAGACCCCACCCGGACAUUUGCCUGGCUCCCUGGGGCCCCAGGGGUCCGGGUAUUGAGCCUGGGCCCUGCUCCUGAGCCCCCUAAACCCGCUACAUCCAAGAUCAUUCUUGUCAACAAGCUGGGGCAAGUAUUUGUGAAGAUGGCUGGGGAAGGUGAACCUGUCCCAGCCCCAGUAAAGCAGCCACCUCUGCCCCCUACUAUUCCCCCUGCAGCCCCCACUUCCUGGACUCUGCCCCCAGGACCCCUGCUGGGGGUGUUGCCAGUGGUAGGAGUAGGGGUGGUCCGCCCCGCCCCACCCCCUCCUCCGCCUCCACUCACGCUGGUGUUUAGCAGUGGGCCCCCCAGCCCACCCCGCCAGGCCAUCCGUGUCAAGAGGGUGUCUACCUUCUCUGGCCGUUCCCCACCAGCACCUCCCCCAAAUAAAACCCCCCGGCUGGAUGAAGAGGGGGAAUCUUUGGAGGACACUUCCCAAGUUCCAGGCCUCAGCAGCAGUGGGUUUAGCCGAGUAAGGAUGAAAACACCCACAGUGCGUGGAACUCUUGACCUGGAUAAUCUUGAGGAGCCUCCUGGGGAGGAAAGCCUUCGGCCCUUCCAGGAACAAUCCUCUUUGCUGCCACUUCCAGAAGGUGGUCCUCCUCGGGCUCCUGAUGGGCCCUCAGACCUGCUGCUUGAGUCAUGGCAUCAGUAUUCAGGUGAAGCCUCGAGCUCUGAGGAAGAGCCUCCGUACCCAGAGGAUAAAGAGAACCAGGUUCCAAAACGAGCCGGCCCGCAUCUUCGCUUUGAGAUCACCAGUGAGGAUGGCUUCAGUGUGGAGGCAGAGAGCUUGGAAGGGGCAUGGAGAACUCUGAUUGAGAAAGUACAAGAGGCCCGAGGACAUGCUCGGCUCAGACAUCUCUCUUUUAGUGGAAUGAGUGGGGCAAGGCUCCUGGGCAUCCAACAUGAUGCUGUCAUCUUCCUGGCAGAACAGCUGCCUGGGGCUCAGCACUGCCAGCACUAUAAAUUCCGCUACCACCAGCAAGGCGAGGGCCAGGAGGAACCACCCCUGAAUCCCCAUGGGGCUGCCCGUGCUGAGGUCUAUCUCCGGAAGUGCACCUUUGACAUGUUCAAUUUCCUGGCUUCCCAGCAUCGGGUGCUCCCAGAAGGGGCCACCUGUGAUGAGGAAGAGGAUGAGGUGCAGCUCAGGUCAACCAGACGUGCCACCAGCCUGGAGCUGCCCAUGGCCAUGCGCUUUCGCCACCUCAAAAAGACAUCCAAAGAGGCUGUGGGUGUCUAUAGAUCAGCCAUCCAUGGACGAGGCCUGUUCUGUAAACGCAACAUUGAUGCUGGAGAGAUGGUCAUUGAAUACUCUGGCAUUGUCAUUCGCUCUGUGCUGACUGACAAGCGGGAAAAGUUCUACGACGGGAAGGGCAUCGGGUGCUACAUGUUCCGCAUGGAUGACUUUGACGUGGUGGACGCCACAAUGCAUGGCAACGCAGCCCGCUUCAUCAACCACUCAUGUGAGCCUAACUGCUUCUCUCGUGUCAUCCAUGUGGAGGGCCAGAAGCACAUCGUCAUCUUUGCCCUGCGGCGUAUCCUUCGUGGUGAGGAGCUCACCUAUGACUACAAGUUCCCCAUCGAGGAUGCCAGCAACAAGCUGCCCUGCAACUGUGGCGCCAAGCGCUGCCGUCGGUUCCUUAACUGAGGCUGUGGCUCCCCACAAUUCCUCAAGCCCCCUAAUGCCAUCUUGUCCCUGGCCUGGGGUCUCCCUAGUCCUUCCCAAAGCAUCUCACUCCCACCUUUCUGUUCAGGGUGGAUGUGGGCGUGCAGCUGGCAAGGGCCCUGCCCCCAACCUUCUCGCCCACCUAGCAAUCGCCGCCUUCCUGCCUUGGGGCCCAGGAUGUAGAUAUUGUACAAAGGUUUCUAAAUCCCUUCUUUUCUAUGCACUUUUUUAUUUAAGAGGGUGGGGUCCCAGGUGGGAACCCCCCACAAUAAAGCCUGUCAAUGUUUGGA